CGGAGAAAGAAAGAGAGUGAGAAAGAGGAGAACCAAGAGCAAGAGGGGGAGAGAGCAGACUGCCAGAGUCAUGUACUGUCAUACUCUUCUUUUCCCCUGUAUAUUUAAACAUUUUCUUAUAAUGGAAAUUUUUUCCUGUUUGUGGCGGUGCUCAAAUGAAGACAAUGCACAUCCCUAGGUCUCGUGGGUGACUGGAGCUCUGGAUUUGUUCAUUCUUUAUAGCAUCCGGAAUGCAGUGUGUGCAUUGCGUUCCUCUCUCUGCAUGUGGUUUCUGUACCUGAGUCACGCGCCUUUGAGAUGGAGCCAUGAGAUUUCAAUGAAAGUGAAACAGGGGAAACAGCAUGGCAACCUGCUCAGACCAGACCACUUGUGAAAUCUUCUGAGAAUCCUCUAAGCAAAUUAACAACCGGCCUCUCCCCUCCGCCUCCAUCCGACAUGGAAAUGGACCUUGGUUCUACUCCCUAAUGGACAGACUGAAAUAAACCAUGGAAUUUAAGAGAAACCUCUGGACUGGUCUUAUCUACACCUAGUACUGUCUUACAAUUGAGACGUCGUUGUGGCCUCUGGGUACACUGUGUGCCUAAGGUACAGUGGAGGACUUAGAGAAGCAUACGUUCUCUACCAUGAGAAUUCCUGCUACCACAGCCUGCCUCUGCCCUUUGCUGAUCUGCCUGUGCUUUAUUCAGAAGAGCUAUGGGACGUCCCAGCUCAGUCCCAACGUCAGAGCACCCAAUAACCAAACCAAACACCCAGACGGAGAGAGAGACGUGCACCACCGGCCCAAGAGGGGCUGGAUAUGGAACCAGUUCUUCGUUUUAGAGGAACAUAUUGGACCGGAAGCACAGCAUGUUGGAAAGCUGCACUCCAACUCAGACAAAGGAGACGGCUCCGUCAGAUACUUGCUGACGGGAGAGGGCGCUGGCACUAUAUUCGUCAUCAAUGAGGUCACAGGGGACAUCCAUGCCAGCAAGAGCCUGGACCGGGAGAAGAAGGGCCACUAUGUCUUACAUGCCCAGGCCAUCAAUCGUUACACCAAUAGAUCUCUAGAGCCUGAGUCCGAAUUCAUUAUCAAGGUCCAGGAUGUCAACGACAAUGCACCGAAGUUUCCAGAUGGCCCAUUUGCUGCUGCUGUUCCCGAGAUGGCCGAUGUUGGCACAUCAGUGUUUCAGCUCACAGCCACAGACGCAGACGACCCCACCUAUGGGAACAGUGCCAAGAUUGUGUAUAGCAUACUACAGGGACAGCCUUACUUCUCUGUAGAUCCAAAAACCGGUGUCAUCAGGACAGCCCUAUCCAACAUGGACAGAGAGGCCAGGGAACGCUACUCUGUGGUGGUCCAAGCCAAAGACAUGGCCGGCUCGGUGGGUGGGUUGUCAGGCUCCACCACCAUCAAUGUCACACUGACAGACGUCAAUGACAAUCCUCCUAAAUUCCCCCAGAAAAACUACCAGCUGUACGUUCCAGAGUCUGCUCAGAUUGGACAAUCUGUGGGUAAAAUCAAAGCCAAUGAUGAAGAUUUGGGCGUUAAUGCAGAGAUGAGGUACAGCAUAACCAACGCAGAGGGGAAGGCCAUGUUCUCCAUCACUACAGACACUGACCAGAGGGAAGGCAUCGUAUCACUAAGACUGCCUUUGAACUAUGAGAAGAGGAAAGUCCACACGCUUCACAUAGAAGGAGUGAACACACACCUGGACCCACGCUUCUCCCACCUGGGCGCCUUCAAAGACACCACCACCCUCCGGAUCAUCAUUGGAGACGUGGAUGAGCCGCCUGUCUUUUCCAUAGACUAUUACAUCAUGGACGUGUACGAGAACUCCCCCGUGGGAACAGAGGUCGGCACAGUGACGGCUCAGGACCCUGACAGUACCAAAAGCCCUGUAAGGUAUUUUAUAGACCACAGUGAAGAGGAGCAGGUGUAUUUCACCAUUGGUUUAAAUAACGGGGUGAUCAAAACCACCCGGAGUCUGGACAGAGAGGAUGUGGCCUGGCACAACAUCACUGUGAUGGCAUCAGAGGUUGACAAUCCGAGUCUCGUCAGCCAUGUUCCUAUAACAAUCCAGGUGUUGGAUGUAAAUGACAACGCUCCCUACAUAGCAAGAGAUGAUGAGAUCAUUGUGUGUGAAACCUCCAGGGCAGGACAGGUGAUCCAGACAGUGAGGCCAUCAGACAAGGACAACUUUGCAAAUGGACGAUUCUCGUUUGCCCUGCCAAUUGACCUUCCAAUCAAUCCUAAUUUCACCCUGAUGGAUAACGAAGACAACACUGCCAGCAUCGUGGCGCGGAGGCAUCAGUUCAGCCAAUCGGAGCAGGAUCUCUAUCAACUCCCUGUGGUUGUGAGGGAUGGAGGAGAGCCUGUCCUGAGCAGCACCUCCACCCUGAACCUCCGGGUGUGUGUCUGCCAGAGAGGAGGAGGUGGCAGCAGCAGGGUGAAGGCCUGCCGAGUCCCGGCCUUCCUCUCCACUGCAGGCCUGAGCACCGGGGCCUUCAUCGCCAUUUUGCUCUGCAUCAUCAUCCUGCUGGCCAUCGUGGUGCUAUUUGUCAUCCUGCGGAGCAAAAAGGGCAAGAAGGAGCCGUUAAUCAUCUCUGAGGAGGACGUCCGGGAGAACGUGGUCACAUACGAUGACGAGGGUGGGGGCGAGGAGGACACAGAGGCGUUUGACAUCGCAGCACUGCGGAACCCCGCCGGGGCGGAGCGGAGGAGGCUGCGGCGGGAGGUAAGGCCGGGGACGGAGGGUUGGCUGGUGGCCUGCGGGCCCCAGAGCCCGUCCCUGGUUCUGCUGGAUACAGAGGAUAUGCACCAUGUCAUUAGACAGAAAGUGGUGGAAGCUGACAGGGACACCAGCGGGCCGCCCUAUGACUCCCUCCAGACUUACUCGUACGAGGGCCGUGGCUCUCUCACGGGGUCGGUCAGCUCUCUGGGGCUGGCCCAGGUCCUGCCCCCAGAGAUCAGCUACAGUGACCUGGAGGACUGGGAGCCGGAGGGUAACACACUGUCCAGACUGUUCGAGACAGAACUCUCUGAGACAGAACAGACCAUAGCCCCGUAAAACAUCUGUCCUCUUCAAUCCCGUUAAAGGUUAACCUAACAAUACAGAGCUAUUUGAGUUAUAGAACUUGUUCCGUUUUGUUGUGGAAUUGACUGUCAUUUUACGCUGGGCUCUGACAAGUGAAGUGGGGGAAUGUAUUAACAUUUUUGGAGAAAGACAAACCCCAAAAAUGAUGACGUUGUUUAAAAAGGAAACUAUUUUCCCUAGUGUAUAUUUUUAUUUAUAAAUAAAGUUCAAUGAUUCCGGAUAAGUGAA